GUAAUGGCGGCGGCUGGAAGCUGAGAGGCGGCCAUGGUGCGGAUCACUGAAGAUCUCGUUAGAAGACGUGCAGAGCAUAAUGACUGUGAAAUAUUUUCACUGGAAGAAAUCUCUUUACAUCAGCAGGAAAUAGAAAAACUCGAGUAUCUUGACAAAUGGUGUCGAGAUUUAAAAAUUCUCUAUCUUCAGAAUAAUCUAAUUCCAAAAAUUGAAAAUGUGAGCAAGCUGAAGAAGCUGGAAUACCUAAAUGUAGCUUUGAACAACAUAGAAAGAAUUGAAAAUCUGGAAGGCUGUGAAGAACUGAAAAAGCUUGACCUGACAGCAAAUUUCGUUGGUGAACUCUCCAGUAUUGAAGCCCUAAAACAUAAUAUACAUCUGAAUGAGCUGUUUCUAGUGGGUAACCCUUGUACUGAAUUUGAAGGUUACCGACAAUUUGUAGUGGCAACUCUGCAGCAAUUAAAAUGUUUGGAUAGUAAACAAAUAGAACGUUCGGAGAGGAUUCAAGCACUUCAAAACUAUCCAGAAGUGAAACAGAAAAUCAGAGAACAGGAACAAGCUUAUCUUCUCAAAAGGGCUAGAGAAAAGGAAGAGGCUCAAAGAAGGAUGCAAGAAAGAAAGGACAAGAAACAAAACCAAAUGAAAUCUGAGCUUGGAUUUGACAGGUCAGACUCCUUACAGAAGAAAGAAAAACAUCAGGCAGAAGGAGGUGAAGAGCAAGAAUCAUGGAGAACAAUUGAAGAUGAUGAAGACAAAAGAUUUUGGGAGGAGCCUACACCAUACACUCCAGAAUCUAGAUUAGAAACUCACAGAUACAUUGAAGAGAAACGGAGAGCUAAAGAGAAUGCAAGGGAAUCGAAAAAAAAAGAGAAGCCUCUUUGGACAUUGGUCACUGCAGAAGGAAAAGUUCUGAACGUGAAUGUGCCUAAGCUUCAUUUCUCUCUGAAAGAUGAUGAAGAAAACAACCAGAUCAUCUUGGAUCUUGCUGUUUACAGACAUUUGGACACUUCUCUGCUUGAUAUUGAUGUCCAGCCAACUUAUGUACGUGUAAUGGUGAAGGGAAAGCCAUUUCAGUUUGUGCUCCCUGAGGAAGUGAAGCCAGACAGCAGCUCAGCUAAAAGAUCACAAACAACCGGUCAUUUAGUUAUCAGCAUGCCAAAGGCUAAAGAAAUAAUCCUGCCUAAGCAAAAAGUGGAAACUUCAGUUAAGCAUUCUGACUGCAACGCACUGCAAAAAAAUGCAAGAAGGGGCAGACAAGUUGAGAAAUUAGAAGUGGAUCCUAGUAAAUAUUCAUUCCCUGAUAUAACAAAGAUAAUCCAAGAAAAGGAACGAAUUGGACUGGGACCUAUUAAGCUACAACCAGAGAAGACUGCAGAGACUAAGAAUAGUUACAUUGACUUUGAAAACAACGAAGAUGUUCCUCCCUUAAUUUGAAGCACCCUGAAAUAGUCCCUCUAUAUGUGGUAUAUGCUUGAGGUGUUUUCAUGUCCCUCUGUGUAAAGUGAAUAUAAUAUAGCUGAAGUUUGAAAAAUUAUUAUGUUUCUUAUCAAUAACUUUGUCACAUCUGUGCUUGCUGUGGCAUUUUCUGUUAGUGUAUUGCUAUAUAAAUUCUUUCUAGAUUGUUUACUUAGUCUCCGACCAGAAUGGGAGUCAGACAUUGUCAUCUCUUCAGAGAAUUUACAGUCUAGAUUGAAAGAUGACAUAUAGUUGUAGAAAGAGAGAGAAGGAAGGAAGAAAGCACUUGUAAAAAGAUUUAUGAUUAUUCUCACUAAACUGAAGAGAGCAAAAAGCUCUGUG